AUGCCGGUACAGCAGCAGUAUUUGGUGCCUCCUCCAGCAGUUGUUUGGGUUCUUGGGGCCUUUCCCCGACUGCUUUGCUUCUAUUAUACACUGCUGGUCUCCUCGCAGUCAGCUCCCCUGGAUGAGUUCCUUGGCGGCGUGUAUCCUGCACGCAUUUGCCUGGGAGCUUUGGAAGGAAAGGAACAACAGAAGCUUCCAUGA